AUGCCACGGCAAAAUAAGGUUCCAUACUAUCAAAAAUUAUUUCAAGAGAAUACACAUCUUCCUAUUUAUAUGAGAACUCCCAGAAGUAAAUUGAUGCUGUACCCUUUUAUGGUACUUUGGAGUGUUAGCUUAAUUGGCUCUGUAUGGGGUACUGUAAAUAUGAUAAGGGCAAGUUAA